AUGAAGACACAAUUAUUCAACGUUGCCCCUCCUUUUCGGAGAGCGAUUCAUGAUAUCGCAAUCACAAGGACCGGGAAGCCUGUCAUUCGGGCCCCGGGGGGUGGCAGGUAUGCUAUGAGCUGUUGUUUCAACUGAAGAGUCCCAUUAACACCAAGCGAACAGGUCUUCAAUUGGAGGUUUGUCUCAUUGCCGUCGAUCCAGUCUUCGAGAUCAUGCUCAUCAAAUAUAUAGGACAUACUGCGACUGUAUUUGGGGCCACCGGCUUUCUCGGAAGGUACAUUGUGAAUAGGCUUGGUAUAUAUGACCUGUUCUCGAGGUUGGGAGAUCCCGCUGAUGGGAUUGAUACCAUAUAGCUCGUUCAGGGUGUACCGUUGUCAUACCAUACCGGGAGGAGAUGGCCAAGCGUCACCUCAAAGUUGCGGGAGAUUUGGGCAGGGUCAUUUUCAUGGUUUGUAGGCCUGCGCAGCGUUCCGGUAGAAGCCAUCUUUAAUAUAGGGUGAUAGGAAUGGGAUAUGAGAAACACGCCGUCCAUUGAGGAGAGCGUGCGACACUCUGAUAUCGUUUUCAAUCUGGUCGGGAGAACUUACACUACUAAGUUAGCCCCCCAGAAAUAUGCAUGAGAUGGGCCCACUGACUCCGGAUAGGAAUUUCACUUAUGAGGACGUCCAUGUCGAGGCGACUCAGAGAAUUGCUGAGGCUGUCGCCAAAUACGAUGUUGACCGGUUCAUCCAGGUUUCUUCUUUCAAUGCUGACAAGAACUCGGUUUCUAAAUACUACGCUACUAAAGUCAGUUUAUACACCUUCCAACCUGCGACGGAUCUGACGUAGAAAUUCAGGGUCAAGCUGAGGAAGAUGCCCGUGUAAUCUUCCCGGAGACAACUAUUGUCAGACCGGGCCCGAUGUACGGAUUCGAAGAUAAAUUCCUUCACAGGCUGGCUGGUGCAACUAAUGUCUUCACUGCAAAUAACAUGCAGCAAAAGAUGCUACCUGUGCAUGUAAGAGCUUCCCAGUAUGAACCUGAAUGGUUCUAUACUUGAAGUUUGUGAAGCAUAUGACAGGUUCUAAAAAUUGGCAGGUAAUCGACGUUGGCAGAGCUCUCGAGGCUAUUGCAUACGAUGAUGCUACAGCUGGUCAAACAUUUGAGCUGUACGGCCCCAAGGAGCACACCCUCAAGGAAAUCGCACACAUGGUCGACAAGGUCGUUCACAAGACACAUCGUCAUAUAAAUCUACCAAAGAAAUUAUUCCAAAUAAUUGCCUCUGUACUAGACUACUUGUGGUGGCCUACGAUCUCCCCCGACGAAAUUGAGAGGCAGUACCUUGAUCACAAAAUCGAUGCUACCGCCAGGACCUUCAGAGACUUGGGCAUAGAACCCACAGAUAUUGAGGCAGAUAUGUUCCAAUACAUUAGACAUUACCGGUGAGCCUUAAAUAUUACAACCAUCCCAAGAGCACUUCUAACCUGGUUUCCGCAGCUCUGCUGCUUACUUCGACCUACCGCCGAUGACAGAGAAAGAGAAGCGGCUUGAGAGACAGUAUCUUCAUGUACAGCAGGAUCUCUAGAAAAUGAGGAGGGGCAUGUGUCGUUAUAAUUAGGGAGUGCCCUUCCUUCUACAUAUAUCCUGUAGAAAACCAUACAUAGAAUCACAACGCAGGGUGUUUGCAUCACGACGGGUAAAACCCUAUAUAUAUAUUGUGUAUUUGGAAGGAAUCAUACCGGCUCCGAAUAGUGACUUGUAUUAUAUCUAUUAUAUCGAGGCUUAGUGUUCGAAGAAGUCUAAGGUCGGUUCUGGGUGUGUAACGUUAUUUCUAUAAUAUGAUAUUAUGAUAC